AUGGCGGACCAUAAUAAUCCUCAGUGGCAUGGCCGCGCGGCGCAGCACCUCCCUUCUCCACCCAACGCGAACAGUCCUCUCUCGCCACCCAGCGGAGGAGGCAAUCCUAUCUCCUUUCAGACGAAUGUCAAUCGGGCAAAGACAAGACGUUGGGUCGAAGCAAAGCAAUAUUCAUACGACGGUGGCGAUUGGGGCGACGAGGAUGAUGAGGAGGAAGAGGAGCUGCCCAUCCCUCCUCAGCCACCUUAUGCUACCCAUAGGACCGGUAGUUCGUCGGAGUUGAGCUCCAGGCGCUUGUCCGGACUUGGAUUUGGAACCGAUGAGUCGCGAGCAAGCCCCUCGGCCGAGGCCAGGGCUGACUCCUGUGGCGGUGAUAAAGCUUUGCCGUUCGUUAGACCUGUUGACCUUUACAAGCGCAUGCGCGAAGAGAGGCCUUCGGUCGAUUCCGGACGUCAGGCUGCGGCCUCGUUAGGUCCAAUUGUGGGCCCUUCGGCGCAGACACCUGUACCUGUCAGUGAAUCCUCGACAGCAACUCGCGAUAUCUCUGCAAUGGGUUUACCAGAGGUGAAACGCAUAUCUUCCUUUGGCACCGAGUUUUUAAGUGGUGGUGAUCCGAUCUCGCAACAAGAGACUACUCCCGAGUCACAGCAGUCCGCCUUGCACCACAAUCCCUCCCAAGCGUCUUCCGAAGGGUUCACGUCAGUGGUCCAUCAAGCUUUUGAUGUUCCUGAAACCCCAAGUUCCACCACUGCUGGCAGUGUGGGACGUUCCAACAGCGAUGGGACUUCUGUCAUCAGCCCCAUCAUGAGCAACCGGACGUAUCAAGACGACAAAACCCCUACGAUCCACGAAGAUCCUGCGGAGUCCAACACUCCUACGGGUGCUUCAACGCAGCACGCCGGCGAUUACUUCAAGGCUGGUCACCGACGGGAUAUGAGCCUUCCCAGUCGGGAUAACAGCCCCUCGAAGCUACCUGUGGUCAUGGAUCAGGAUCCUCCUAAGUCAGGCCAUGGAGAAAUCUCGGCAGUCUCUCCGAACCAGAAUUACGAUCAGUCUCAGACUAGUAUUUCGCCUCUUAAUCCGGUAGACAAGGAUUUCGUCGCACCUCUCAAAAUUGGUAGCACUGCUUCCGAGGGGUAUCGCGGGGAGAUCCCUACGAUUGUUGCAGGAAACUCACCGGAAGAUGCCGACCAUGAUAAGCUGCGGGAAGAAAUUAUGCGUUCCUUGAGCCGAGAGAACUCUCAAGAGCCGGAGGAGCAGCCUCAGUCUCAGAGUGCUCAGGAGGAGUCUAUUCCGCAUCAGUACGAGAAAUUCUGGGAUGGGACUCCUCAAUCCAUCUCUACUCUUGAUACUGCUCCCAGACCUCUCGCUUCUGAGUCGAAUCCACUCGCUCCUCAAAAUCCAUAUGCUACUGCUGAAACUCCCAGCGAAGAUGCUCCUCCAAAUAAACCGAAACUGGCAAGGCGAUUCUCAUGGGAAUCAUCCGAUGGGGAAACUCCUACGCCGCAAAUACCCGGUGGCUAUACUUCCCCUCCGCCAUUGAACGCAGCACUUGCCAUACAGGAGCCCGAGCCUAUUUCUGAUAGCUCUGAUCUGCCGGCUCCAGAAGGUCUGUCGAGAGAACCGCCGUUGACGGAAGGCGAAGUUUCUGGCUCGGACAAUCAACGCACCGAAAAGCCUAGGCUAGCAAUUGUCCUUCCCACGGCUGACAGAAGCCCUCCGCCACCCCAAAUUGCCGGGCCAAGAGACAGUCUGCAGCCCGAGGCUGAGGUUUUGGCUGCAAACUCUGGGGUUUCAGAUAUUAAUGAGUCGAAACUUCAGGGCUUCCGCGAAAUUCUCGCGUUGACGACUCCGCAAGCCCGAAUUCGGGCUUUCGACCAGACGAGGGACCAAUUCGCCGGCCUUGACACCGGUCUGACUCAUUGGCUCGAGCUUACUGUCCAUGACCAUCCGGAGCAUGCCGGUCUAAUCCAGUCAACCCAGAGCUUGUCGGCCGAUUUCCCGCGGACAUCGCCGGCUCGAAGCAAGUUCCCAAAAUUGGGGUCUUUAGGUAACCUCACUGCCCGAGAUGAGAGCGCGCCGGCCAUCGCCGGCCACGCACGGCGCCCUUCUGGCCAUAUUGGAACCAUUGUGAACAGGCAAAAUGUCGCGCAGAGUGGGAAGGAUCUCCUUCAUACCGCGGGAUCUUUUGGUGGCAAGGCGGGUGAGGCCGCCAAGGGAUUGUUUGCCAAGGGCAAGAGCAAGUUCCGACCUAGCGGAGACAAGGGUCAAUCGACAAAUGAAGGACGACGCAAGUCGGGCCAAUUCCAGCCCUCGGUACCUUCAGAGGCCACGGAUGAUCAAGGCAGCUCUUCCUUGCGGAGGUCUCUUGAUAUUGGGAACCUUCGCAUCUUCAAAAGCCGAACUGAGACCUUCACGGACCGUCCUGAUGUGAAAGAGUCUUCGCAGGCAGGUUCGGCCGAGAGAGAGCGUGCAAAUAAGGGGUUCAAAAGGCGCCGGUCAAUGGACUUUCUGCGAAAUACGUUCGGUGUUGGUUCUUCAGAGACUCCGAAAACCGCGCCCUCCGACGUGGAAAAGCGCAAGAGUGGCGGGUUCAUUGGCAAAUCCGACUUUGCCAAUGACUUUGAGCAGGAAAUGAUUGCUGCUUUUGGUCUUUCUCCGACUAACGCCGGUCCUGAAGAGUCCACUACUAAGUAUUCGGGGCGGUUGUUAAAGGCUGAGUCUGGGGGUGAUAUCUCAGGAAGUCAGUUGGCCACUGGUGCGGAUAGAGCGUUCUACGAAGACAGGAUCCCGCCGGUUCUUCCUAGCCAGAAAGCAAAUGGCCGAAUCUCGAUCGACGUGUCGGGGGCAAAGAACCAACCUAGUAUGGAUAUUUCCCGGCCUAUGACUCCGUCGAUUCGGCCGGUAUUCGAUGAGGAUGUCGAGCCCUUGACUCCACCAAAGGACUCUCCUCCAAAAGGCCUGCCGUCUCAACAUCUCCCUUCGAAAGACGCGUCAUUGAAGGACGCCUCGCUGGUACCGCGGCUAAGCCAAGGUCAACGCCAGCAGUCCAUCUCGACCCUCGGCGUAGAUGAGAGGCAACCUCGCACUUCCUCUGAAGGAGAGCUGGACACACCGCCAUCCCCAAUCCAGGAGACGAUUCGGGAAACAGAUGAUCCUGUGUACGAGAAACCUUUGCGUGAGGCCAAUUCAACCGAAUCUUCAUUGCCCCUUGAGGAAGACAUUUCAAGCUUCGCGCAGAUACCGAGACCACCAAGCUCAGCAGAGGUUCUUGAAUCAAAGCGCAAGUCCAUCAGCGGACUACCACCCUCUGCUCCAGGAGUGCAAAGUCCUUUGAGAAACGAAGUUAGGUACUCUCCGGGAACCAGAAGCAGCAUGUUGAGCUUUGGCAGCUGGGGCCGGCAGAGCCAGAGUCGCCCAGCGACUCCCGCGAACGAUCUCUCUCGUGGCACUGGUUCAGAUGCUCCUGCGCAGAACGGGGAUUCAAAAAUGGAGAAGCUGAAGAGUUUCGGAAGACGACGGCGUGCCUCGGUAGGUGAUCUUCUCACUAUCCGUCACGACAACAAUCAAGGAAAUCUUCAGGAUCUUCCUGAAGGAGGCAAGCGCAAACUCAACUUUGGUCGGAUCAGUGGUUUAUUCAACCGUUCCCGGGAGCCCCAGUCUUCGAUUAUCAGGAAGGAUGACGGCAUUCAACCCAACACCAAAAGCCCCGAGUCCAAAGGUCAACCAACAUUUCCCACCAACGGACACAAUGGCCAUCUUCAUACCAAGUGGCCCGUCACAGACAAAGAGCUUCCCGCGAUGCCGGCUCUUGAGCCUCUGUCAAUGGAAGAAGGAGUAGAUGUGCCACGCGAUGCUCGCCGCGCUAGCCUGUCUCUACAGCCCACUCUUCCACCUGAUGCUUUACUUUCGAAUCGCUUCUAUUCUUCGAUGUCCGAAGAUGUUCCAUCGUCCACUAGACAUACUCGAGUGAAGAGCCAGCCUUUAAUGGAAAUUCCGCCCCUGUCCCCUAUCGCCCCCUCAGAUCUCAAUCUGAAUAUGGGUCAGUCUCCUCGUUUGCAUAUGUCCGAUGGGCGAGAGUCGCAAGAGCUUCAUGCCGAGGAAGCUCGGCAGUCCCAGAAAGAGGAGGGAUCUCGCGAGCCAGUUGAAUUGCAAGCCCAGCCAGGUCUCUUUCCCAGUCUUGGCGUCAAAUCCCGCAAGGAAACAGCAGAUCGACCCGAGUAUGCCAAUACAGUCGAGAGAAUCCCACCCAAGAACAUCACUGUCUCAGGCGUCUCUGUGCUAUCAAAUCAUCCACAUCGUGAUAGCUCAGCCCGCACGCUCAAUGAGUCUGCCGAGCCAGUCGAGCUCGCAAUUACCAAUGACGACUCCAGUGAGGAGAUCAUUAUGUCCCCAACUGCAUACCCGGGACAAGAAUGGACGCCGAUGCAUUACUAG